GGGUUGACUCAGUUAGGGUCUUCGAACCCUUUACAUACAUCUUAGAUAUGAUGAUUAUUGUAGGGGUGUAUCCUCUCCUCACUCUUUAUGGGAAUCUUGGAGAUACUGGAGGAUCUGAGGAUGAAACCAAGGAAGAAAAGAGGAGAAAAAAGCAACAUUGGGUGGUGGAGAGAAGUUGUUUAGGGGGCCUUCAGCAGUGGCUCCUGUUUGGAAAGGCUAAAAGUUGCUGCCCCCCAAAUCCAGCAAUCCUGCUUCUUUAGUUAAACAAGCCAAUGAUGGCGCACUCUGUCUCUGAUGAAGUUGAGAGCAAGGAUAUUGAGAUGGCCAAUCAUUCUUCCUCCCACAGGCAGACCGAAAAUCACAAAUCUGUGCACAAGGUGGGACUGCCACCUCGGAGGAACUUCAUCGGAGAAUUCUCUGAAACGUUAAAGGAAACAUUCUUCUCAGAUGAUCCUCUACGGCCUUACAAGGACCAGCCUAGAUCAAGACAGCUGGUGCUGGGCCUUCGGUUCUUGUUUCCAGUCCUUGAGUGGGGAAGAAGCUACAAUCUUAGUAAGUUCAAAGGAGAUGUUAUUGCUGGAUUGACAAUUGCUAGUCUUUGUAUCCCUCAGGACAUAGGAUAUGCUAAGCUUGCCAACAUGGAUGCAAAAUAUGGGCUAUAUUCCAGUUUUGUUCCACCACUAAUUUAUGCAGUGAUGGGUAGCUCAAGGGACAUUGCUAUUGGACCAGUUGCAGUUGUGUCUCUCUUGCUUGGAACCCUUCUUCAGAAUGAAGUAGAUCCUGAGAAAAAUAAGGAGGAUUACCGGCGGCUUGCAUUCACAGCAACUUUCUUCGCCGGUGUCACUCAAGCAGCACUCGGAUUUCUGAGAUUAGGCUUUCUCAUCGAAUUCCUCUCUCAUGCUGCAAUUGUUGGGUUUAUGGGUGGGGCUGCCAUUACAAUUGCUCUCCAGCAGCUAAAAGGAUUUCUUGGAAUCAAGAAGUUUACCAAGAACACAGAUAUCAUUUCAGUUAUGAAAUCUGUUUGGGGUUCAGUCCAUCAUGGGUGGAACUGGGAGACGAUAUUGAUAGGGACAAUGUUUUUGGCAUUUCUUCUUUCUGCAAAGUACAUUGGAAAGAAAAAUAGGAAAUUUUUCUGGGUUCCUGCAAUUGCGCCACUUAUAUCAGUUAUCCUAUCCACAUUUUUCGUGUACGUCACCCGGGCUGAUAAGCAUGGUGUCCAGAUUGUGAAAAAGAUAGAUAGGGGACUCAACCCAUCAUCUGUUAGUCAGAUUCACUUCAGUGGUUCUUAUGCCGCAAAAGGAUUCAGAAUUGGAGUGGUUGCUGGAUUGAUAGCUCUGACAGAAGCAAUAGCAAUUGGAAGAACAUUUGCUUCCAUGAAGGAAUAUCAAUUGGAUGGAAACAAGGAAAUGGUUGCUAUAGGAACCAUGAACAUAGUUGGUUCAAUGACAUCUUGCUAUGUAGCAACAGGUUCCUUUUCACGUUCGGCUGUCAAUUUCAUGGCUGGCUGUCAAACAUCUGUGUCCAAUAUUGUCAUGUCCAUGGUAGUGAUGCUUACCUUGCUAGUGAUCACACCCCUCUUCAAGUACACCCCGAACGCGAUACUCUCCUCAAUCAUUAUUUCAGCUGUGAUCAGUCUUAUCGAUUAUGAAGCAGCAUUUCUUAUCUGGAAGGUUGACAAGCUCGACUUUAUUGCAUGUAUGGGAGCCUUUUUUGGUGUAGUUUUUGUAGAUGUUGAAAUUGGCCUCUUGAUUGCUGUUUCUAUAUCGCUUGCGAAGGUCCUUCUGCAAGUAACAAGGCCAAGAACAGCUUUACUCGGGAAUCUUCCUUCGACAAUGGUAUACCGAAACAUCGUACAAUACCCAGAGGCAACCAAGGUUCCGGGAGUUUUGAUAGUGAGAGUUGACUCUGCUAUCUACUUCACAAACUCUAACUAUGUCAAGGAGAGGAUCCUGAGAUGGUUAAGAGAUGAAGAAGAGCAACUGAGAGCAAAAAAUCUACCCCAAAUAAAUUUCUUGAUAGUCGAAAUGUCGCCUGUGACAGACAUCGACACAAGUGGCAUCCAUGCCUUUGAAGAACUGUAUAGGAGCCUCCAAAAACAUGAAAUCCAGCUUGUUCUUGCAAAUCCCGGCCCAGUGGUGAUUCAGAAGCUCCAUUUAGCCAAGUUCACAGAGCUCAUAGGCCAUGACAAGAUAUUCCUCUCGGUUGGAGAAGCUGUGAUGACUUGUACUUCAAAGGCAAGGGAAGAUUCAUAAGGUAGACAUGUCACCUACAAUUAGCACAUAUCAUGUGAGUUUUCAUGGAGAGGGUGUCACUUAGUGUUUCAGGUUCUGGAACACAGAACAGAGAGAAGGAUUUAUGUGUAAAGGUUCAUUCUCGGAUGAACUGAAGAGGUAACUACAAGAGCUUAUGUUUCAUCUAAAAUAAAAGGAGCAGUAACCAGAAAGAGCUUAUACAAAGGAGUUGCCGCUGAUUGUGUACUACCUCAUUUUUUUGAAUCUGAUGAAAUGAACCUGAAGCUGUCUUCAGUCUCCCUCAAGAAAUGUUGGAUGAAUAAGAAUGAGAAUGAUAGCUGUAGCAUUAUGAAAGCAUUAUACCAUAGAUAAGAGGUGAAUGAAGUGGAGUCAGGGAGCAGGUGAAUGUUGUGGAUAGCUUGAAUUAUUGAGGUGGGGUUGAGGACUUGUUCAUGUUGUCCACUGCAAAUUUUAUAUGCUGAUGAAUUAAAUUACUGGGUUGCAGUGACAUGCAUUGAAUCUAUAAAAUUGUUUUCACUC